CCGCAGCACCACCUGCCCCAGGGCUCCUUGGCCCCUUCCCGCAGGACGGACGCCAGCGGGACUGGACAGGAGACCUGUCUCCCGGCUGCGAUUCAAACUCUCCUGAAGCUUUUGAUUUACGUAACGUUUCUGCGGAGAAUUUAGAGGAUCUUCUCACAAAGACUUGCUUGGAUGAUGACCCGAUCAUUGUCUGUUUCAUUGCAACCUAAAACCAUAAUAUUUGGUAACAAAGAAGAGGACCUGUUGAAAAGAAAGUUGAGCGAUAGAAGGCAAAUUCUCUAUUCCUACUGACAGGAUCCAAAUAGAGCCCCCCACCAGGAACUGGGGUAGCCAGCUUCCCUAAAGCUGCAUUGGAAGAUGCAAGAAUGACCACGGCACUUGGCUUCCUGAAAAUUCACGUGCAGGGAGGUGAAUUCCAGAGGCAAAGAAGGCAGACAGCCCCAACACCAGCAUGCUGAACUCGGCCUCAGAGGGCAGAGCCCAACACCAUGUAGGAGAGGACUCCUCCCUGUGCCUGACUCAGUGAGGAGUAAGCUGUUGGAAGACCUCGUGGAAUUCGCAAAGAAGCUCCGCAUUGGACCACCCGUGCUGCGCAGAUCCAACACCCUAGGAACGCAUCUCCUAAGCAGCAACCCUCUCCGAUGAGCUCAGAUAACCCAUCAGAGUUUUACUGAGUGAAGAGGGCCUUCUCAAUAUCUGACUUUACCGAAAAGCAGGUGAACGGCUGAUCCAUCCCUGAAGGUACCAAUGCAGGUUCCCAUGACCAGCUGUUCAGGAGCAUCCCGGACGAGAGCCAGGCACAGUCGGGGACUUGGCUCUCACUGCCGGCGCGGCAGAUUCCUGUGCAGCCAUGUCGGUGUUAGAAGAAAGCCGACCAUUUGCUCAACAGUUAUCCAAUGUCUACUUCACGAUACUUUCGCUGUUCUGUUUCAAGCUGUUUGUGAAAAUCAGCCUGGCCAUCCUCAGUCACUUCUACAUCGUCAAGGGCAACCGCAAAGAGGCGGCGAGGAUCGCGGCGGAGUUCUACGGAGUGACCCAAGGACAAGGUUCCUGGGCAGACCGCUCACCACUACACGAAGCAGCGAGUCAAGGUCGUCUCCUCGCCUUGCGAACAUUGUUAUCACAGGGUUAUAACGUCAAUGCAGUGACCAUCGACCAUGUCACCCCACUGCACGAAGCCUGCCUGGGUGACCAUGUGGCAUGUGCCCGGACCCUUCUGGAAGCAGGAGCUAACGUCAACGCGAUCACCAUCGACGGCGUGACCCCCUUAUUCAACGCCUGCUCACAGGGCAGUGGGAGCUGCACGGCGCUCCUGCUGGAAUACGGCGCCAAACCCCAGCUCGAGUCCUGUCUUCCUUCUCCCACACAUGAGGCAGCCAGCAAAGGUCACCACGAGUGUCUGGAGAUCCUGAUCUCAUGGGGCAUAGAUGUCGACCAGGACAUUCCUCACUUGGGGACGCCGCUGUACACAGCCUGCAUGUCGCAGCAGUCCCACUGCAUCCGGAAGCUUCUCUAUGCUGGCGCUGAUGUGCAGAAAGGUAAAUACUGGGAUACACCACUCCACGCCGCCGCUCAGCAGUCCAGCACAGAAAUUGUCAACUUGCUGCUAGAAUUUGGAGCCGAUAUCAAUGCCAAGAACACAGAACUUCUGCGGCCUGUCGAUGUGGCCACGUCCAGCAGUCUGGUGGAAAGGCUACUGCUUCAGCGUGAAGCGACCCCGAGCUCCCUGAGCCAGCUCUGCCGGCUCUGCAUCCGCAACUACAUCGGGAGGCCGCGCCUGCACCUCAUCCCCCAGCUCCAGCUUCCCACGCUGCUGCAGAACUUCCUGCAGUACCGAUAAAGCGGCAGAUUCCCAACACCCAGAACAGCAGAGGCUUCUAUGUCAUCGGCAUCGCGUGUAUUUCAUGUUAAAAUAUGCUCAAGAUAGGGUCAGAGUGUGACAACACCCAGGGAAGAAGUGAGCUAUCCAUUUUAAGCGUAAGUGUGCCGGUGGGUACCAUUGUUGUAGGCAUCGUUACUGUAUUUGGACAUAGUAUGUUAAAAAUAUCGGUAUGUUUUUCCCAUAUACACAUUUGUUAAUUUAAAAAAAAAAAGAGUUCUCUAUUUUAUGUUUUUAGAACAAAAAGGAAAAAUGUGAACUCUAACCAAAAUGAUUCACAUAUUGCAUUUUAAAAGGUCUAUAUUCUUCAAAUAAUGUAUUAACCUUUUAAUGUUGGUCAUUGUCAUUGAUUCUCUGUAUUUUGGGUAUUAAUACAAAAUAUGCAGAUGGUUUUGAAAAGAGCAGCUAAUACCCCUUUUGAAAGGAAGACCGCUCAUUCAGGAAAUCCACAGGGCUGCAUGUGCACUGCCAUUAGAAUGUUCAAUCAUAGAGAAAAGACAAAUCGUGCCCUCCUUGCAAAGACCUCACGAGUCUCUUCUCCACCUUAAGUGGACCUGGUCCAGGAACGGGCAGGACUGAUGGUUAUGCCCCCGCCCUCUCUCACCCGGAGGUGUGGAGAACAUCACGCACCCACUGAGGCUAUUUUAAGACUGCCUCUUUCUCAAGGGUGGCCUCUCUGGGUCUCUCUCAGUGCCAUUGUCCAUAUCUCUGCAGCCUUCUUCCAUUUCAGAAAUUGGCAACAGCUGGUGGUACCAGGACUGGAGCAAGUGCACUUUCUAUCCACUCGAUAAAGAGGCCCCGGCCAGACCCUGGGAGCAGGGCAGUCCCAGGCUGUAGGGAACGGGAGAUUAAUUAUUCCUUUAGCUGUGGGGUGCCACUUGGCAAACUUAGAGAACUUAAAAAUGUGCCCUCUGUGUAGACAUUGAUAGUGGCGUUUUUAAUUCUUACACAAAGCAAGGGUUUUUAGCACACACUGAUUUGGUAAGGGGGUGUUGGAUCAGAGAAGAUAUUCCUAAAAUAGUGUCCCUUGCACAGGUUAAUACUUCAUUUUUUUCUCUUCUGCUUUAACUGUACUCGAGUGCAAUAUAAAACAGAACACAAACAUUUUAUGUCCCCUUAUAAUUUUAGACCAGACUUGAGUCUAUUAUGAAUUUAGAAAAAGGCUCAUCAAGAUAUGUACAAGUCUGUGUAAAGUAGAAGAAAAUAUUUUGAUGAGUUUUUAAAACUUACUGAAUUUUGAUCAAAUAACGUGACCACUAUUUUAAUAACCCAGGGGCCUAUUUUCCUUCCUUUUAGUUCUUGGCUGACUUCCAGAGACCCAUGUGAAAUCAACCAUCAUUCUAUAUAAUGCCAACGUCACUAAGAUUUCAUUGAAAACAAAGCAUUUGUUUAGAUUUUUCAAAAACAGAUAUAAAGCUGUAUCAUGUUUGUUAAAAUGUCCCCUGUAUAGCUAGAGACUUUUAAAUGUGCCUGUUUUACUGAAACAUCUCUAAAAAGUCUGUAAUGUCCUCAUGAAUGUUUGUAUAAUAGAGUAACCUCAUUAACUAUAAUUAGGUGUUAAGACUGCUUUUAGCACAAAAGAUUUCUCCUGUGUGUUUCCUGAGUUCGAGGUAUUCUCUGAGAGUGGGAGAAACACUUGUACCCCCCUCACUGGGCUUGUGCCACUAAGAGAAAUAUCAAACAUUAACAAGAAAAUUGGCAUUUUCAAAUUUUUGAAUGCUGGUGCCUUGUAUCUUAGCUUGCAUGUGAUUGUCUCAUCAAAGAACUCUUCUAAUUUAAGUAUUAGCACACGUCUGUUAAUGUGUUCAAGUGUGAUUAUCAUCCCUGGAAUAAAACACUUUUUUUUUCUGUUGUAA